UAGUCAUCGCGCUAUUAUUAUCAGUAUAGUAGUAGGUAGUAAUAGUUGCAGUAGUAGUAAUAUUAUUAUCGUUAUUAUUUUAUGAUUUUUAGUUGGCGUUUACGGUUUUAGAAAGCAAUAGUCGCAGUUGUCGUGAUGAUGGACUCCGGGCACCCGGACGAGUGCAGGUACGGUCAUCGGCUUUCGUACCUACUGUGGACCGGAAAAUCGUCGUAAAAACAUGAAGACCGCCCGGAUCGGUCAGUGUGCCCCGAACGGAUAUUGUCCACGACAAGACGGAACGACCGCGACCGUGAUAACGCCGGUGCCGAAAAUACCUAUCGGAAUUUCAUAAGAACAUUUUAAAGAAAAACCGAAAGCAGCAGCAAUGUCGUCAUUGAUAUCCGGCGCCAUCAGCAGUGCUGCUUUGACUGGAGCUGGCAUGAUACCCGUGUUCGUCGUCGGGCUGGCGUACCUCCGGUACUCGAUGUACGACCCCGAGUCACGGGUGAUAGACGUUCAAGAGGUACUGGACGAAUACGAUUUCAUAGUGGUGGGUGCGGGCUCAGCAGGGGCCGUUGUAGCCAACAGACUGUCGGAGAUGCAAAACUGGACGGUUUUGGUGCUGGAGGCCGGCGGCGACGAGACGGAAAUAUCGGACGUCCCGUCGUUUGUCGGCUAUCUGCAGCUGUCGGACAUGGAUUGGCAAUACAAGACGGCACCGCCGUCCAGCGACAACCCUUACUGCUUGGCCAUGGUACACGAUCGGUGCAACUGGCCGCGCGGCAAAGUGCUGGGCGGCUCCAGUGUGCUCAACGCCAUGGUAUACGUGCGUGGCAACCGGAGGGACUACGACCAGUGGGCCGCGGCCGGCAACCCGGGGUGGGCAUACGCAGACGUCCUGCCGUACUUCCUCAAGUCCGAGGACAACCGGAACCCGUAUUUGACCCGGACCAAGUACCACAGGCGCGGCGGUUACCUGACCGUGUCGGAGGCACCGUGGCGGACGCCGCUUGCCACCGCGUUCGUGUCCGCCGGCGAGGAGCUGGGAUACGCGAACCGUGACAUCAACGGUGAGUAUCAAAACGGGUUCAUGCUCACGCAGACUACUACGCGCCGGGGUAGCCGGUGUAGUACCGCCAAAGCGUUCCUCCGGCCGAUCCGACUGCGGCCCAACAUUCACGUGUCGUUGCGUAGCCAAGUGACUCGCAUACAUUUUUCCGGUGGCAGCGGCGACGGCGGCAAGAUCCGGACCACCGGCGUCACAUAUCUGCGGGAUGGCAAGCGGCGCACGGUUACCGCCCGGAAGGAGGUGAUACUUUCGGCGGGAGCCAUCGGGUCGCCGCAGCUGCUCAUGGUGUCUGGCGUCGGGCCGGCCGACCACCUGACCGAACUGGGCAUCAAGCCGCUCGUCGACCUGAAGGUGGGCCAUAACCUGCAGGAUCACGUAGGCCUGGGCGGGUUGACGUUUCUCAUCGACGAUCCGAUCACUUUCAAAAAGUCCAGGUUUACUACCGCGUCCGUGGCCCUCGACUACAUCAUGAACGAGCGCGGCCCGCUGACGUCCAGCGGUGUCGAAGGUCUGGCAUUCGUCAACACCAAGUACGCCGACCCGUCCGGCGAGUUCCCGGACAUACAAUUCCAUUUCGCCCCGAGUUCCGUGAACUCAGAUGGCGAUCAGAUCCGGAAGAUCACCGGGCUCCGGGACGCCGUAUACAACACGGUUUACAAACCGCUGGUGAACGCCGAGACUUGGACGCUGUUGCCGCUGCUGCUUCGUCCCAAAAGCUCCGGAUGGCUGCGACUUAAGUCCAAGAACCCGCUAGCGCAUCCAAUCAUCGAGCCCAAUUACUUUGCGUAUCGGGAAGACGUUCAGGUGCUGGUAGACGGCAUCCGGAUCGCGUUCAACGUGUCCAAUACGGCCGCGUUCCGCAAGUACAACUCCAGGCCGCUGCUGACGCCCAUGCCGGGGUGCAAGAAGUUCGAGCUGUUCAGCGACGAGUACUGGGAAUGCGCCAUCCGACACUUCACGUUUACCAUUUACCAUCCAACGGGUACGUGCAAGAUGGGUCCGAACACGGAUCCGGACGCGGUGGUCGACCACCGGUUGCGCGUUCGCGGCAUCGACGGGCUCCGGGUGAUUGACGCUUCCAUCAUGCCGAAUAUAAUCAGCGGCAACCCCAACGCGCCGGUCAUCAUGAUCGGCGAGAAGGGUGCGGACUUGGUCAAAGAAGAUUGGUUGUUAUAGUCGCCCGAGAACUGGCUGUCGUCUGUCGCGGAAUGGUAUAGCUGUGAUCGUCCUCUAUAGUGUUUUCUCCGGUUUCUUCCGAUUUCUGAAUGUGAUUUCGAUGUGUUUAUUGCUAUUAUUAUUGUUGUUGUUUUGUUGUUAUUGUUAUUGAUGUUGCUCAAUUGUUUUUUUUUUUUUUUUUUUGUAUUUAUAAUUUGUAUUAAAUGUUUCGACUAUACAUAUGAAUGGUCUAAAUGUAUGUUUAUAUUUUUUUGUACUGAAAUAAUUAUUAUAUAAAAACAUGGACAUAAAGUAUAUCAAAUAACUCGUGUUUAGUUAAAUAAUUUCGUUACGUUAGAAGAUUCAUACCGACAAAUUAUUUCACAAUGGUUUUUUUGUCACGUUCUACUAAAGAAAAGUGCAUUAUUUAUAGUGCAUUAUUAUCAUUAUUGUGUGAUAAAAUGCAUUAUGAAUAAUAUUUUGAAGGUGAUACGUGUGCGAGGUAACCUUGCAUGGAAAAAAAAUACAACCAUUGAAUAAUUUAAUCUUUUUUUUUUAAGGCAUUUAUUAACUAUCUGGUUAUUAAAAUGUAAUAAAGUAAAUUUAAAACUUCAACAGUGAGAUGAUAAUAUACGCAUAUUUGUUAUAAAAUGUAAAUUGUAUUA